UCAUCUCUUUCUUUCUCUCUCCUCUUUUUUUUUGGAUUUUAUCUCUCUUUCUCUCUCUCUGCUUCAUCAGUUUCUCUCACUAAAAAAGCUUCUCAUCAUCCCCCUAAAUUAGGGUUAAAGGGUCGAGCUUGGGAUUGUUUCGCACGGUAAAAGGAAGGAAGGAUCUUUUGCUCGUCAAUUGCUAAAUUAGCAGACCUUGCGAGGUGGGUGUGUAAAAACAUUUUUGGGGAUAAGUUACGAAGAUGACUUCUUUGCCUUCUUCAGUGAUCAAAUGGCGUUUUUUCCGCAGACAGAUGCCUUCAGACGUUUUCUUCUCGCUCUGCUUACUCUGUUUCGCUACCUGUCUCGCCGGAAAAAUCACUGUUUUAGCUGAUUCGGACAAAUCGGUGUUGCUUCGGUUUAAGAAAACUGUAUCGGACCCUGGUGCGAUUCUCGCUAGCUGGGUCGAGGAGAGUGAAGAUUAUUGUUCCUGGUUUGGCGUAUCGUGCGAUUCGACCUCUCGAGUCAUGGCUCUUAACAUUAGUGGCUCUGGAAGCGAUAAAGGGAGUUCUCAAAUUAGUCGAAAUCGUUUCAUUUGUGGUGAUAUUGGUACGUUUCCGUUGUAUGGGUUUGGUAUUCGGAGGGAUUGCGCCGGAAAUCAUGGAGCUUUGGCGGGGAAUUUGCCUUCUGUAAUCAUGGGUCUCACAGAACUUAGGGUUUUGUCUCUGCCCUUUAAUUCGUUUAGUGGAGAGAUUCCUGUUGAAAUCUGGGGAAUGGAGAAGCUUGAAGUUCUUGAUCUGGAAGGGAAUUUGAUGACCGGGUCGUUGCCUAUUCAGUUUACUGGGUUACGGAAUUUGCGGGUUAUGAAUUUAGGGUUUAACCGAGUUUCAGGUGAAAUCCCUAAUUCGCUGAAGAAUCUGUCAAAGUUGGAGAUUUUUAAUUUGGGUGGUAAUAAGUUGAAUGGAACUGUUCCUGGUUUUGUUGGGAGAUUCAGAGUGGUGCACUUGCCGUUAAACUGGCUUCAAGGCUCUUUGCCUAAAGAUAUUGGGGAUAACUGUGGAAAUCUUGAGCAUUUAGAUUUGUCUGGUAAUUUCUUGACUGGGAGGAUUCCAGAGAGUUUGGGGAGAUGUGGCGGUUUAAGGUCGUUGUUGUUGUAUAUGAAUACGUUGGAGGAGACUAUCCCUUUAGAAUUUGGGAAUCUUCAGAAGCUUGAGGUUUUGGAUGUUUCUAGGAACACUCUUAGUGGUCCAUUACCUGUUCAACUCGGGAAUUGCUCUUCGUUGUCUGUUCUCGUGUUAUCCAAUCUGUACAAUGUGUAUGAAGACAUUAAUAGUAUAAGAGGGGAAGCUGAUCUCCCUCCAGGCGCUGAUUUAACCUCGAUGACCGAGGAUUUCAAUUUCUAUCAAGGAGGAAUUCCGGAGGAAAUCACUACGCUUCCGAAACUAAAGAUACUUUGGGUGCCAAGGGCUACGUUAGAAGGGAGGUUUCCAGGAGAUUGGGGUUCAUGUCAAAACUUGGAGAUGGUUAAUUUGGGUCAGAACUUCUUUAAAGGUGAAAUUCCUGUCGGUCUUAGUAACUGUAAGAACCUUCGUCUUCUUGAUUUGAGCUCGAAUAGGCUUACGGGAGAGCUUCUCAAAGAGAUUUCGGUCCCAUGCAUGAGUGUUUUUGAUGUUGGUGGAAAUAGCUUAUCGGGUGUAAUCCCUGAGUUUCUCAAAAAUACCACAAGCCAUUGUCCUCCUGUUGUUUACUUUGACAGGUUUUCUAUUGAAUCUUACAGCGACCCGUCGUCUGUUUAUCUCUCCUUCUUCACCGAGAAGGCUCAAGUUGGAACUUCCCUGAUAGAUCUUGGAGGUGAUGGAGGUCCGGCCGUGUUUCAUAAUUUUGCAGACAACAACUUCACUGGUACUCUCAAGUCUAUACCACUUGCACAAGAGCGGUUGGGAAAGCGAGUCUCUUACAUAUUUUCUGCUGGAGGGAACCGGUUGUACGGGCAAUUCCCUGGAAAUCUGUUUGAUAACUGCGACGAACUCAAAGCUGUUUAUGUCAAUGUAAGCUUCAACAAGCUCUCAGGUCGGAUUCCUCAGGGACUAAACAACAUGUGCACUUCUCUUAAGGUUCUUGAUGCCUCGUUGAAUCAGAUCUUCGGGCCAAUCCCUUCGAGUCUCGGGGAUCUAGGUUCGCUUGUUGCUCUUAAUCUGAGCUGGAAUCAGUUGCAAGGUCAGAUACCGGGUAGCCUCGGGAAGAAGAUGACAGCUUUGACAUAUCUUUCGAUUGCGAAUAAUAACCUCACGGGGCAAAUUCCUCAGAGCUUUGGUCAGUUACAUUCCUUGGAUGUUCUUGAUCUCUCUUCAAAUUAUCUAUCUGGCGGCAUUCCUCAUGAUUUUAUAAACUUGAAGAAUCUCACUGUCCUGCUUCUCAACAAUAACAACCUCUCUGGCCCAAUCCCAUCUGGUUUCGCAACAUUUGCGGUUUUCAAUGUUUCCUCCAACAAUCUGUCAGGUCCAGUUCCUUCAACCAACGGGCUGACGAAAUGCAGCGGUAUUCGUGGAAACCCCUAUCUUCGACCUUGCCAUGUGUUUUCUCUGACGACUCCGUCUUCGGAAUCCCGAGACUCCACAGGAGAUUCUAUCACACAGGAUUACGCAUCUUCGCCUGUUGAAAACGCUCCAUCUCAGUCGGCAGGAAAGGGCGGAUUCAACUCGCUAGAGAUUGCUUCAAUCGCAUCAGCUUCAGCAAUUGUCUCGGUUCUGAUCGCUCUUGUGAUUCUCUUCUUCUACACGAGAAAAUGGCAUCCGAAAUCGAAGAUCAUGGCCACUACAAAACGUGAAGUCACUAUGUUUAUGGACAUCGGAGUUCCAAUAACCUUUGACAACGUGGUUAGAGCCACAGGAAACUUCAAUGCGAGCAAUCUGAUUGGAAACGGUGGAUUUGGAGCGACCUACAAAGCAGAAAUCUCUCAAGACGUGGUUGUGGCAAUCAAACGCCUCUCUAUCGGACGGUUUCAGGGAGUCCAACAGUUCCACGCAGAGAUCAAAACUCUUGGUAGACUUCGACACCCGAACCUCGUGACUCUCAUCGGUUACCACGCUAGCGAAACGGAGAUGUUCCUGAUUUACAACUAUCUCCCAAGAGGCAACCUCGAGAAAUUCAUCCAAGAAAGAUCCACAAGAGAUUGGAGAGUUCUUCACAAGAUCGCCCUGGAUAUAGCUCGAGCACUCGCUUACCUCCAUGACCAAUGUGUCCCACGGGUGCUUCACCGAGAUGUUAAACCAAGCAACAUCCUCCUAGAUGAUGAUUGCAACGCAUAUUUAUCAGAUUUCGGGUUAGCAAGAUUGCUUGGGACAUCAGAAACGCAUGCAACAACAGGUGUGGCAGGUACAUUUGGGUAUGUAGCGCCUGAGUACGCCAUGACUUGCCGGGUAUCGGACAAAGCGGAUGUUUACAGCUACGGAGUGGUGCUUCUAGAGCUGCUUUCGGACAAGAAAGCGCUAGAUCCGUCGUUUGUUUCAUAUGGUAACGGAUUCAACAUUGUGCAGUGGGCUUGUAUGCUGCUGAGACAAGGACGGGCAAAGGAGUUUUUCACAGCGGGAUUAUGGGACGCGGGUCCGCAUGAUGAUCUAGUAGAGGUUCUGCAUUUAGCAGUAGUUUGUACGGUGGAUUCUCUAUCAACGAGGCCGACGAUGAAGCAAGUUGUAAGACGGUUAAAGCAGCUCCAGCCCCCGUCGUGUUAGCACCUCCCUCCGCAGGAUUUGAUUAUUAUUCUUUCUUAAAAAAAGGUUUAUUUUGCUCUUAGUUGUAAACUUGUUUGUGUAGUAGUGGUUAGAAGAAGAAGAAGAAGAAAGAGAGGUUAAUAUUUCCUUUGGGUUCUCUCGAGGGUAAAAAGGACAUUUUAAAGGGGAAGCCAUAGGAAGGUUGAUCUCUCAGGAAGCAGAACACAUAAUAUGAGAAAGAAUUUGUUGUAGCUAAUGUGUUUCUCCCACUUGUAAAUUGUUUUAUAUAGAGAGUUUUGUGGGGUUCUUUUUCUUUA